AUGUUAACUUACCGUAUAAAAAAGAGGGUGUUAUUCUUUAUUUUGGCCAUUGUGCUGAUAAGCUUGGCCCUUGUUUAUCGAGCCCUACUGUCACAAUUUUCAAGUAUCAGCAUACGUCCUUUUGGUGAAACAUUUGAAGCAGCACCCAGGCGUCAGCCAAGGUUGAAACCCAAGCACAGAAUUGUUUCGGGUGCAUAUUCUGAUUCAGACGCAUUUCCUGCAUUUAAUAAACCAGUGAUACAAGAAAGUCUUCAGAAUGUUUUAUAUCCAAAUAUAAUUUCGAAGGAGCUUGAGACUUUGCGCAACAGAGAUUUGUUGAAUGCAGAUGGAAAACAGGCACUGACAAGUUUUCUUCUCAAGUUGUAUCCUACUAACUGGGCCACAGCACCAGAGACGGAUGAGGUAGCCCUGGACCUGAAAUAUCUGCUGAUGGAUUACGGAUUGGAGAGUAAUCUAAGCUGUAAAGACAUCGACAAAUUGCGGUUGGGGUCAUCUAUAUCUUUCUCCCGAACAAAGAGAAUUGAGCUUGGCUUCAAUGAAGAGCAAUACAGGGCUAAUGGUGGGAACACGUAUGAAAGAGCAGGCAAAGGCCAAACUUCUCUAGCUGUUAGGAGUUCUCUGUAUGACAUGGACAUUAAAGUGUCAUGCAUGAAGCAGAUUUAUGACGCAGACAUUUGUGAAACUAUGGGAAACUACAGGUGAGAACACAUUGAACCUAACCCAUGGUUAAGAUGUGGAACAAUUACAGAGGGAAAUAACUUAAUGGAUUUUAAAUUGCCGUUAGAAAUUCAACACAUAUAUGACAAUAUAAAUUAAUUAUUUUCAAAGUUUUUCAUGAUUUUAUAUUUUACAAUCCAUGAUUUUUACAAUUUUAAUCUGAUAUUUGUUCCAAAUCAUUGAUGACAUUUUGUUAAAGAUAUUUUUUUUCCUAUUAGGUUGUAAUUUACCUGUAAUGUGUUAAAGAUAAAAAAAAAAUAAUUGUAAGAAUAAUGUAUUCUCUACAGUAUGUGGAUAGCUAUAAAUUAUGUAAAAUAUUGUGUAGCUGGCACUGAAUGUCCACCUGAUACAAACACCUACUCUGAUCACAGACUUUUGAGAGAGCUACUCUUCCUGACCACUCUCAACCAUCCCAGUGUUCUGAGACUGACGGGCUACUGUCUUCGAGGCAAUCGCAUGUCAUCUAAUCUGCUAGAGAAAGGAGUGAUCAUCGUCACUGAGGUGGGCACCUCCAUGAGUGAUUCCCUUAUCUUUGCAUCAACUUGGGCACAAAGAGUAAAAGUAAGUUUUCAAUGUAUCAUACAUUUUUUUUGAAAAUCUAAAUCAUCUCUUUUUACCCCCUUUAAACUUAACUUGAGUGUUGUUUAUUAGUUGUGGUUAGAUGUCUUUGAAUCCGAUUUCCUGAUGUCCUAGAAAGCUGGAAUUUCUUACACAGCUUAGUCUCAUGGUACAUUGUGAUCUAUUAUGUUUUGACUAACAAGUAUCAUUCCUGUCCUUAAAGUUUUUGAUGGUCAAUAAAAUAUCAAUAAAUCAGAUGUCAAUGAAAUAGUGAAUGCGUCAAACACAACUCACUUUUAACAAGCAACAACCUUGCCUUGUCAGAAUAUGCAGUUGUGUCCCCUUUGAAAGUGUUGUUAUACCAUGAAUCAGAUCAAGUUAAAUGAGAGCUUUACAAAAUAUUUGCAACAGAAUUGCAAUGGAAAAAAAUGAGGCGAUUAUGAGAGCUUCCUGAUUACUGACAUUGAUCUUCAUCUUUGCCUCUCUCAACUUUCAGUGGUCGAUAGCAAUAUCCUUCCAAGCCUUCCUGUCUCUUGCUUUGAUAUCUGCCUCAGAUCCCCCAUCCUUACUAACUAUGCUUCCUUGAUAUCUGCCCCAUCCUUUCUUACUAUAAUUCAUGUUAUUAGCCUCAGAUCCCCCAUCCUAACUAUACUUCCUUGAUAUAUGCUUCAGAUGCCCCAUCCUUAUUAACUAUAAUUGCUUGAAAUCUGCCUCGAAUUUCCCAGCCUACUUCACUUCCUAUGUAUCUGCCUCAGAUCCUCCAUCCUAAUUAUACUUCCUUGAUAAUUGCCUCAGACCCCCUAUCCUAACUAUAUGUCAUUGAUAUCUGCCUCAGAUCCCUCAUUCUUACUAUUCUUCCUAGAUAGGAAAAAUUAUCUACUUAUCAUAGUGCCUUUCCUCUUAACACUAUAGCAUCUGCGCUGUUUGCCUUGUUCUGAAUAAAAUUGUUUUGAUUUUAUUUAUUACAAGCCCACCUGUCAGGAAAUUGAAUCAAGCUUUAAAGGGCCAUUUUACAUUUGUUUAUGGCUUUGGGAUAAUAGGGUUUUGUCAUUAUGGCUUUGGGAUAAUAGGGUUUUGUCAUUAUGGCUUUGGGAUAAUAGGGUUGUGUCAUCUGCCAAGUUCAAAUCUUCUAGUUGUUUGGAAAACUGGAUUAUUGACAUAAAAUCUAUUCACAAUUGGGUUCUGGAAAAAAAACGAUGUAUUUACUUUGUUAAAGAGAUUAGAGAAAAUAAAAUUUUAUUGUUGGUACGAGCUUUACUCCUAGUAUGUAAUGAAUUUUCUGCUUUUAUCAGCAGAUCAAAAAUCAAAGAGAGAUAAUAAUUAGGGAUGUCUAAGAUAUUUUUUUAUUAACAAUUUCCAGAUGACCAAUAACAACAUUUUUAAUAAAAAAAUAUUUUCUUCAACUUGUUUCUUGUAAUUCAUAAUAAGAAAAGAAAAAAAAAAAUUUCCUCUGAAAUUUUGUGAUUGCUUUGUAUCCUUUUUAUGAUAUUUAUAUAAAUCUACUUGUAAGCCAUGCAUUGACAACUCUUUUAUUUAUACUUAUAAGCCAUGCAUUGACAACUCUUUUAUUUAUACUUGUAAGCCAUGCAUUGACAACUCUUUUAUUUAUACUUGUAAGCCAUGCAUUGACAACUCUUUAAUUUAUUAACAUGCUGUUAUUCCUUCUGGACUGUUUCUUAACAUAACAUUACAUUUUGACCAAACACUGUCUUGUUGGAUCAAGCGUUGUCUAUUAGUUUUGCUCAAACGUUGUCUUAGUUUGAGUAAACAUAAAAAAAAUGCAUCAGUCUCUUUUGCCUUGCCAGCAUCAACUUUAAAAGUUGUGUCUGCAUUCUGAACUAAUGUUUUCUUUUUCCUUGUAACAGCUGGCCUUACAGGUGGCACACUUGCUGCUGUAUCUGGACAGGAGUCCAUUUGGCAGCUUAGCUCUGACACAGCUGCAACUCAAAGACUUUGUGCUGGUCAAUGAGCUGACCAUGAAACUGGCAGAUCUGGAUGACCUUGAGGUUGGAGAAAGGACCUGCUCCGCUGAUUCAGACUGCACCGUGAAGAAUUUUAAGAAAGGUCUUUCUUGAAACUUUUAUUUAUUCUUAAAUCUUUUAUUUAGCAUAGCUAAAAGGCUAAAAGUUGUCUCUUAGGAUGUUGUUUAUUAGUGUAGCACCAGUAGAACUCUAGGAUAUAGCUACUGUAAUGUUGUGCAAAACAUAUCGCCAUCUGACCUGCUGGUGAGAAAUGUAUUUAAUUCUUACAAUGAACUGCAGGUGUUAAGUGCACGGAAGGAGCCUGUGAAGGCCUCAACUCCCUCAAUAACCUGGCCAUAUCCCUGGAGAGUGUCCUGAUACCCAUUCUAAGAAAUCCACCAAAUGAUGAAGAAAGAGACCUGGUGGCCAAGCUGAGUGACCUUGACAUCAGCACACAGAAGCUGGUGGAGUCCUUGGAGAAGAUCUUCAACAAAUUACGUAAGUGUCGAGUAGCACAGCUGCUAACAUCACGCCGAGAGAUGCUGAGCCGCUACAUUAGGUAUCAUCCGCUGCAAUCACUUUGCUACAGCUGUGGAAUAAUUAUUGUCAUAGUACGAAAAAUUUGUUGUUAAAAAAAAAAUUGGAAAGAAUGUAUUAGUAUGUUUUAUUACUUUAUUUCCAUGAUGUGGUAGGUAAGGUAAUCUUGUAUUGCCAGUAUCAGUUAUUCCUCACAGGUUGAUUCAUGUCCCUUUUACACUGUAGCAUUGACAAUGAUGAGAUGUUGGCCCCAUGGUGCUAUGAUAGUCUGUCUCACAACCUAAGAGUUACAGUAGAGAUUCUUUCUAAAGUCUGUUUGUUCAUAGGCUGACCAGGAAACCCACCCCCCCCCUAGUUUUGGAGGAAAAUUUGACUUUUACUAUUUAUUUAUCAUCACAUUGGGAUAAGAGGGGCAUCAUCUACUAUUGAUAUUUUUGUUUUAUUAAUAUUUAAAGCUUCAUGUAACGUAUAUGAAAAUUGUAGAGCGUAGGGUAGACAAGGAACUUGUCGGUGACAAUGUCAUUAUUUAAUGUACCUGGACAAAUGAUAAAAAUCUCCUAUCAGCCGGCCACCCCACUUAUUCUCCUGUAAUAUUUCACCCAGCAACCUCAGCUUUAGGACAAGUAAAUAUGGUCGUUGUUUCGGAUUGUGUUGUGCUUAUUUCUAAUGAUAGUUUUCUUGAGCAGUUUAAUCCACUGCUGGCUUGCCAGGCCUGGCAGUGGCUUCACCAGGUCCCAGUCGGCCAGAUUUUUCAGGUGGACUUGACUUUGUCUGUUUCCAUCCUCCCAUAGAGAGGACCCGGGUUUGGGAUUUGGGAGACUUGAGUCCAUGUCAGGAGGUCAUCAUCCAGAUAAACAGGUCAUAAAAAUAGAUGGUCAGCUGCUCCAACAAUGCCAGGAAUUGAAAUUGCAAUUUGGGGAAGCAUUUGGGCUGAGGAUGGGAAAAAAUGGAUAAAUAGAGACAAGCCGUUAAAUAGCCGCCCCCCCCCCCCCCCCCACUAAGAGACCCAAGAAUAAAGACGGAGACCAAGGCCAGUAUUAAAAACUGUCUCUGUUCCAACCAUCCCUUACAAUAGACAAAAUGUUUAGUUUGGAGCAACUCACCUGCUAACUAAUGCAGAUAUUCUGGUGAAGGUCUGAGAUUAUUCUCUUAUGACACAGGCUGGUGCAUUGGCCACCAGCUCCAUCUGCUCAGCUGAGCCAUAUAACAUUCUCCUCACGUAGGGCAAUUCUGCCCUGGCCCUUGCCUCCCCUGAAAAUCUAGUAAGGGAUAUUUGGUCAGAUGCAUUAGUGUUUCUGGGACCAGGCUGCAAUGCCGGCAGGUAGGUUCCCUGUUAUUAUCUAGCCUUUUCAAAUAUGUGCCGAUGGGACAGUGCUCUUAACGCAUCUGUGUCACCAGACUCUGCUGUCUGCGACCUUACCCCAACCAGGGGUCUUGUCUGCGAGGAGUCGGCAAGUUAGCGAAUACACCUCUGGCUGCUAUGUAAGGCAGCAGUUUUUGGAGAGGAGGAAAUUCCUGAGUAAAAAACCUCAACACCUAAAUUCUGAAGGCAGCAGCAGCUUAAUAUGGGACACAAAAAUAGGAUUUCUUUUGUGUCCAAUCUCAUGCAAAGAAAAAAAACAGAUGUGUUUUUUUAAAAAUUGAAAUUAGAAUAGAGUAAAUAAAAUCAAAAUAAAAUGUUGUGAAAUAAGGUUAUGAAUAAGUGGAUAAACGAUUCAGCUGUUCUUUACGACUCCUGACUCAGAAUUUAAUUAUUACAUGCAAGGAAUGUUGUAAAGGGUGUAUAAUAAAUAACAUUAUCAGAUGAACUCAUUUAACUAAAUUUUUAAACAAAAUUUGAAGUUAUAAAAAAAUUAAUAUUAUAAAUAUUUCCACCUAGAACCUGCUCCAUGAUUCUGGUGACCAUGAAUUCUGCUGACCAUGAAUUCUGCUGACCAUGAAUUUUACCAGCUUUGCAAAGUGUCUUUUAGCACCCUGUUAUUUUUCUGUUCAUUUCAUCAACAGCUUCAGAGGACACUAAUGAACCCAUCUCCAAAGAUGGUCGAAGGCCAGUCAGGAAAAAGACUGUCAAGAAUUCUCUGGCAGAAAAGCUCCAAAGCCAGGAAUUGAUCAUCAAGGUAAAUUGUUCACAGAGGUUGUCACAUGGUGUUGUUUGAAGUGAAAUUAAAAAAAUGUAUAAAAAAAAUGUUUACAGACAUAUACGCUGCUUCAAUUCAUUUUUUAAAAUAUCCUAUGCCACACAAUAGUUUCUCAAAGCUGUUCCCAAAAAAUUACAGAUUGCUACUGUUUAGUGAGGUGUUGUUAUACAUGACUGUUUUCAAGCUUACACAAAAAUUUUAAUCAGGCAAAUUAUUGAAGCAGCUUCAGUCUAAGGAGUUAAAAAAAAUGCUGUUCUAUAUCCAGUUCCAAAGAUGUUGAUGAAACAUUUAAAAUUUGAUGGGCAUUAGACUGCAUCUAUGAAAGGAAUUUAACCUUUCAACUACGCAAUUGUUUUUUUUUGUUUUGAAAGAUGCCUACAAUACUGAGAAAUUCUUAAUAAUGAAACCGUGUUUCAUCAUUUUCAUAGAAUUCACAUUUACUUAACACUAGGCCAAGAAUUAUUAGAAUUAAUGAGACUAACCUUAAGAAUAUGCAAGAUCUUACCAUACCAUAUUGCCAUUUUAUAAACUUAGGUUCAUAUACCAUCCAUUUAUCAGUUAACAAUGAACACAUUUGUCAUAUUAUAUUAAAUCUUCUAGUAUGUUACUCUUUUUUUAUUUGCAAGAUUUGCUCUCUUAGAUUAAGCGCUUUGACCAGAUUUUUGUCAAAUUAACUGUUGUACUAAAAUAAUUUAAAUAAAUCGUUAUGUGCUUCUACACAACAGGACAGGACCAGUGUUGAUGAAGUCAUGUCAUUGUUUGUAAGAAUGGAUUUAAAAAACUUUGCUGGCAUCUAUGACUAUCCCUGCACUGGAUCUCGUGUGCCCUGGGGCUGUGUGUUCACUGUGCAAAGUCUAACUGAUGGAGCCACCCUGUGCAUGAAUGACGUGAGAUGCCAGUGUUUUGUUACCUUCUCAACACACCCUGAGUCAGAGAGUAAGUCAUGUGGUGUUGAAAUGUGUAUUUUUGAAGUUUUUGUGCUAAGAUGCCUCAAAGACAAAUAUAAACCAGUCACCAGAAAAGUAAAAUGAAAAAAAAAAAAAAAGAAGAAGAUUUUUGAGGGACACUUUUCAUUGUUAUGUUAUCUAGUAUUUUAAGCUUUCAGGGAGACAGUGCUCAAAAGAUGAUAAACUUCUAAGUCAUUGCUCCUCAGCAUGUGGGUCGCAACAUGCCACAGACAUUUUAAAGUCUGUUACGAUUAAUCAGGACAAAGCACUGAUUUUGGGGGUUCCAGCUGAUAAUAACUUCAGAACCUUCAACUGAUUACCAGCAGAUCCUAGACAACCCACUGUUAUUUUCUAUAGGAUCCAGUUAACAAAAACUUUGAGUGUUGCUAUUUUCACAUCCCUCUGGUCUUAAAAAUUACUUUUACUCCAUGACAAAAGUAAAUUUUUUUUUUUUUUUUUUUGCAGUAGAGGUAGCAGGAAUAUUAAUUUAAUUGUUAUUGUAAUAAAUAUGAUUUUUUUGUUUGGAUGAUAUUUUUUUUAAAAUUUGAACCUCAUUUGUAAACGCCCCCCCUUCCUCCUUUUUUUCCCUUUUAAUCUUGAUGAAUGAAAAAAACUAGAUUAGAUGAAGUUGCCUACCAAAUAAACAUUUUCUAACUUCAGUUACUACCCACUGAAAAAACUUGAUCAACAAAAGGAUUGAUAAUAUAGAUUUUGUAUAAAAAUACAUUUGAAUACCACUUUUAUCUGUAUUGUCCAGCAUUGAUGACGGUUGUGCUGAAGAACAACACAGAUUCCGAACCCCACACCUCAUCAGGCACAACACUGUUCAUACGGCGUCCUUUUGGCAACAAGGAGAGUAAAGGGGAAAAAACAGAGGAAACUGAAGUGCUGCUUAUUUCUAGUGAGAUCAGCACCUGCACGGACUCGGUCCUGCAUGCACAGGAGUCUGCCAGGGCCAGCAGAGAAAACAGGUUAAUGACCCACCUGGGUGUGAGGGG